CAAAAACAAGAGGAUUUAUAACAAAACAAGUCAAUCCCCUGAAUGCAGUUGUCGCAAUUAAAUCGGAACAACAAUAGAAAAGCAGGCAUAAGUGCCCGCUUUACAUAUUAUAAAUAGUUUUUGCGGUUGCCCGCAUGUGAAAAUGCGUCAUAGUUGAAAUAGUGCUUACGCGUCGUUAUUCAAAACAAAAAAAAAACGAGAGUUCAGCAAAAAAAUUAUGCAGAAACAACAACAAUAUUUGGGUCUUUUGACGAUUUUAAUAUGCAGCAUUAGUUGGACAAAAGCGAGUCCACUGAGCCUGCUCGAAGACAUCUCGGACUCGGGUAUUGCACUGGCCAACGCAUCAGAUGAAUCGAGUAGUUCCGUGGAGCAGCCACUGAAGCGUCCAACGGCUGCAGACUUUGAUGAUGAUGAUGACUAUGACAAGGAGGAUGAUUAUGCCUAUGGCAAUGAGUUAGAGCGGCGCAAUGACCACGAAUGGGAUGUGCUGAUCUUUACACAGCAGUGGCCCGUGACCACCUGUUACCACUGGAGGGAGCAAAAUCCCUCACACGAAUGUGUGCUGCCCCAGCAGAAGGAGUUCUGGACCAUACACGGCAUUUGGCCCACAAAAUUUGAGCGCAUUGGACCCAAUUUCUGCAACCGUUCGGCGGAAUUCAAUCCCGAUCAGCUGCAAGCAAUACUGGAUCGUUUGAACACUUAUUGGCCGGAUCUGGAGGGCGCCUCGUCCGAGGAGUGGCUGUGGAAACAUGAGUGGCUGAAACAUGGCACCUGUGCAGCUGUGCUCGCCGAGCUGGACGAUGAAUACAAGUACUUUAAUCAGGGUCUCAAAUGGCGCGAGAAUUUCAUCAUGUCACGCGUUCUCGACGCCGCUGGCAUUCAUCCCGACUCCAAUAACACGGUCAUUGCGCUGAAUAAUGCAAUUGUGCGGGGACUGGGCAAGAAUCCAUCGAUUCACUGUUUCUACGAUAGCAAGACGAGCAUUAGCUAUUUAGCCGAGAUACGCAUAUGCUUCAACAAAUCGCUGGAACUGAUGGAUUGCGAUGGCGUCAUGCAGGGCGAUCUCACGGCCAUCAAAUAUCCCGGCGGUACCGUCAACACCAAUUGCCACAUCAGCAGUCCGGUGCAUUAUCCAAGUCUGGUGCCGCCCCUGCAGCGUAAAGAGGAAUGGAAAUUCCCGCUGGUCAACAUCUACAAGUUGCUGCAAUUCCUCAUCUGGUUCACAGUGUAGAAAAGAGAGGAGAAGAGAAGAGUUCACCCACAUCUGCGGAGCUUACUCAAUCUUUAUGUUUAACGAUCUGUUCUAUAGUAUUUAAGGAGCCAUCAGCAUUGGACAUCGCUGAUGUGAGGCUACGUUGUAUAUACAUACGUAUGUAUGUAUGUAUGUGUAUGCAACAUAGAGAUUGUGAUCCGAUCCACCAUAUCACGACAAUGUGCAGUAUUCGCUGCACUCAUUGCAUCUAUUAUUAACAUUAAUUAGAACAAAUUUGUUUAUUAUUUACACAUCAGUCUUUCGAUUGUUUCUGAAUAAAAAAAGGCACACAGAUAA